UGGGUACACAUAAAUAUCUCCCAAAAAAUUAUUUAUAUAUAUGGUGAAGAAAGGCAACAAAAUAUUGUGUUUGUAAUGAUAAUAAUAAUAAUGCCGCAUAUUACUCUAAUACUUUUAUGGCUCAUAGUUGGUAUCCCAAUAAUUAUCAACCCGACCACAUGGAUCUGGACCGGUUCCGAUCCCGGUUCAGUAGCACUCGCCAUGGUGCCGCCUAAUCCGAUUCAAUGCAACGAUGGAGGCGGCGGUGGUGGUGACUGCACUCUCUCCAACUCCUAUGGUGCCUGGGGAGACCGAAAGGACUGCCAUGUCCUAAAUGUCACGUACCCAAAAAACGAAGAGGAGCUUCGGUUAGCUGUGGCCCAUGCAAAUAGGAACAAACUCAAGCUCAAAGUAGUCUCCAAAUUCUCACACACCAUACCAAAACUGGCAUGCCCGGGAUCUGGAGAAGGGCCAAAUUUCCUUAUUAGUACUAAGAACUACGAUUCCGGGAUCGAAAUCGACACGAAGAACAUGGCGGUGACGGUUGAUUCCGGCGUGGGACUGCGGCGGCUGAUAGAUGAAGUGGAAAGAGUUGGGCUGAGUUUGGUGGCUGCACCGUACUGGGAAGGCGUCAGUGUUGGUGGGAUUAUUAGUACUGGAGCCCAUGGGAGCUCUUGGUGGGGUAAAGGUGGUGCCGUACAUGACCAUGUUAUUGGGGUUUCUAUGGUUGUUCCGGCCAAGCCAUCUGAAGGGUAUGCUAAGAUCAUCAGAAUAGAGGCCAAUGAUCCUCUCCUUGAUGCUGCCAAAGUUUCUUUGGGAUUGUUGGGUGUUAUCUCUAAGGUAAAGUUGUCAGUAGAGAAGGGAUUUAAAAGAAGCAUAAGGUAUAAUUUCACAGAGGAUGGUGGGAUUGAAGAGAGAUGGUUUGAACAUGGAAAGAAAAAUGAAUUUGGAGAUAUAACUUGGUAUCCAUCAAAGCAUAUAGCUGUAUACAGAUACGACAAUAGAGUUCCUUUAAACGCUUCUGGAGAUGGCACCUUUGAUUUCAUUGGUUUCCAGCCUAACUCUCUCCUUAUCUCUAAAACCAUUAGAGCUACAGAGAAAGCAAUAGAAAAUUCAGGAAACUCAAAGGGAAAAUGUGCAAUGGCAGCAACGGUGGUGGGUUACAAAAAACUAUCAGCUAACGGAUUAAAGAAUAACGGGGUAAUCUUCACGGGCUACCCCGUGGUGGGCCCACAGGCCAAAAUGCAAACCUCAGGCACGUGCCUCUACGCCACACGAAACGACCUGUCGUGUGCUUGGGAUCCAAGAAUAAACGGCCUAUUCUUCUACGAAACGACAGCGAUUUUCCCAGCUAAUAAUUUAGUGACCUUCACAAAUUUCAUAAACGACGUCAAAAAACUGAGGGAUCUAAACCCAGAAAACUUCUGUGGAGUCGACGCUUACAACGGUUUCCUCAUACGAUUCAUCAAGGCCUCAACGGCUUACCUUGGUCAAACCGUUGACUCCGUUGUCGUUGACUUCAACUACUACAGGGCCAGCGAUGCGUUGACUCCCAGACUUAACCAAGACCUGUGGGAAGAGGUUGAACAGAUGGCGUUUUUCAAGUAUGGGGCGAAACCCCAUUGGGCUAAGAAUCGAAACUUGGCGUUUCUUGGUGUAAAGGAUAAGUACCCGAGUUUUGGUAAAUUUGUUGAGAAAAGAAAAGAGUUGGACCCUGAGAAUAUUUUCUCUAGUGAAUUUUCUGAUGAGCUGUUGUUUGGGAGCCGAGAGAAAAAAGAUGGGUGUGCUUUAGAGGGACAAUGUGUGUGUAGUGAAGAUCGCCAUUGUAGACCUGAUAAAGGGUAUUUUUGUCAACAAGGACUCGUUUAUAAGGAAGCUAGAGUUUGUAGGUUUGCUCACUCGUCCCUCUUUCAAAACCAGAUAUGACAAUAUAUUAAGAAAAGAAUAUAAUCUAUUUUUCAUUCGUAAUAAAAAAUUUCUAUAUAUAUAUAUUAUAUUUAUACUACGCAUCCGGUUCUCAUAUAU